UUUUUUUUUUUGCAUUUGAAGGCGACUUCUUACUUAUCAAGUUACACUUUACUAUUAAAACAUUUUUUUAAUUGCUAUGUUUAAUUGUUUCACCGACGUUUUUGUUCGUCUGUUGACACGCCCUCGAAGAACAUAAAAUUAAGCUAUUUGGUAAUUGGCGCGGGGUUUUGCGCAAACAAAACCGGAAGGAGGAGCCAAUAGAACAACUUGUACCCCGGCACUCCGCUUCGGGUCGUCGUGCACAUUCCAACUCGUUUUCGACGAAUUUGACAAUGGCCUACGCGGGAUACGGUGCAGCUCCGGGAGGAAUGCAACAGCAGGAUCCUCUCUACGGAUACUUUACAGCAGUUGCAGGACAAGAUGGACAGAUCUCGGCAGAUGAGCUGCAACGUUGCCUCACUCAGUCCGGCAUCUCCGGCACUUAUCAACCCUUCAACAUGGACACCUGCAGACUGAUGAUCAACAUGCUGGAUCGAGACAUGUCGGGCACCAUGGGCUUCGCCGAGUUCAAAGACCUGUGGCAGGCGCUCAACGCAUGGAAGAACAUCUUCAUGUCCUUCGACCGCGACCACAGUGGCACAGUGGAGGCUCAGGAGAUGCAACAGGCCAUCAGAUCGCUCGGUUUCAAUCUGAGCCCCAACGCGAUGAACAUGAUCAUGAAGCGCUACAGCGUCAACGGAAGAAUCCCCUUUGACGAAUUUGUGAGCUGCUGCGUUCGACUCCGUGGCUUGACCGAUCAUUUCCGACGCCGUGACACAUCUCAAAAUGGCAGCGCCACCUUCCAGUAUGACGAUUUCAUCCAGGUGACCAUGAGCAUGUGAGGAAGGAUGUGGGGGAGGAACACCCUUUUUAUUUUUUAUAUGUAGACUCAUUUUUAAUUCAAAUAUACUUUUGUUGAUACAACAGAACCUUCAAAGUCCAACAAAUACUGUUUAAUUUCACCAAAAACAAGUCAUCCGGGCUGCUUUACGGCUCACUGUUGAUGUAUGUGUACACAAAAUUUAGCAAGCACACAUUAAUACUUUUACUAACAUAUUGUAGAAACUUCUCACAAAAAAAAUAUAAAUGUGAUCUACCGGUAUUUGUUUACUCCCCUGUGUAAUGACAACUUCAUUACAUUCGAAGCAUUGCCUUAUAAAAACCAGCACGAGUUGUUUAUAAGUAAAUAGGAUACAUAUUUAAAGACUACCUCCUCUGUCAGUACUUCAUUUAUUCAAUAAUUUCCCAUCCCUGUUUAUUCUCACUAGGGCACAGGUGUCAAACUCAAGGCCCGGGGGCCAGAUCCGGCCUGCCGUGUGAUUUUAUGUGGCCCGCGGAGGCAAAUCAUGUUUAUCAGCUUCCGUGAUUUUUUUUUUUUUUUUUUUUCACAUCUGUCCCAAAGUUUCAAAUUGUCAUGUCAUAAAUGAGCUAUUGCAAGCAUUUUUGUGUCACCAAACAACAAUUGUUGGAAAAUCCAUGACCCUGAGUUUGUGAUUCCAAAACUAGUUAAUAAAUUUCAUGUCUAAAUAUGAAGAGGCAGUUGAAGAAUGAAUAGAAUUAAUAAUGGCCCUCUGAGGGAAACCCUAAGUAAAAUGUGGCCCUCGACAAAAAUAAGUUCGACACCCCUGCACUAGGGUCUCGUGCAUGCCGGCGGAGUCGGGAUUUGAACCGGGUCCCCAGAACCGUGAGGCAGCUGCGCUAACCAGUCAUACACCAAGCUGCCUAAAAACCUUUCUUUUUUUGGGGGCCUGUAGAGUUUGAGUUUUGGCACGGGACAAAACACAUUUGGCUUUAGAGGUUCUGCUGUGAAAUCAAUACAUGUGUAAGUUCCACUAUUUUUCACUUUUAAUAUCAGCGCCUGGAUACGCUGUGCGCUAUCAAUCAUGUUAAUUAUCUACUAUGUAUGCCCCUCCUUUACCGUUUAAAAUGAGAUGUCACAAUAAGAAAAGGUGCUUCUGAACUUGUUGGUUCAAGUUGAGCCUCAGACGACAGCGGCCUUCAUGAACUGAAAGGAGAAAUAUAUAGAGAUAUUAAAAAUACUAACCGUAACUGAUGCAUGAAAAGGGGAUUCAUCGUUUUGAUUUGAUUGACACACGAUGGCUAGAUUAGGUUCGGCUAACACAGAUCUGGUACACAAUGUUGGAAGCCAUAAUGUGUGAUUGUAUUAAAAUUGUACUCAUAGUUGGCAACAUAAAGCUCGGCCGAUUGAUUAAGGAAUACAGUGGACCCCCGCUAUUCGGGGGGGGGGGUGUCUCUAGACUAACAUCAAAGGUUGCGAUGGAAGUUGACAUUGGAAGCAAAUGUGGACGCUAAUGUUGGUCACUGUAGUGGAAGUUUAGGAAAGUAUUCACGGACGCUAACAUUGGAAGCUAUUAAAGCAAUUUAAUGUCAGAAGUUAACACUGAAAGGAAUGUUGAAAGCUAAUGCUAGAACGUAACAUUUACGCUAAUAUUAGAAGCAAUCGCUCACGGGAAUUUUAAAGCUGCCGUCGGAAGGUAAUGUGAAACCAAACAUUGGAAAAUAACUUGGGAGGCGACAAGGGAACAUAGCAUUGAUGCUAACUUCUGAUUCUAACAUUAG